AUGGCCACGCCUGAGAAUACUGCGUCACGCCCCGUCGGCGAGAUGACCGAUGAUGAAGCGCUUGAAUACGCCAUAGCUUUGUCGAUGCAAGAUGAAGAACACCCCCCUUCGCAACAACAACAGCAGCAGCCGCCGCUAAAUCAAGAUGAACUACCGAAGCCUGCUGAGCCUAGCACAAGUCAAAAUCUUGGAUUGGCGCAAUUAGAUCGGAGAGCUAUGGAGCAAGAGCGCCUGAAGAGACUCGCGUCUAAGCGCCCUCGACCUGCAGCCGAUGAUGACCAGGAUGAUGUGGUCGAAAUUUCACCACCGGCCAAGAAAAGAGCUAUAUCUCGCGAGCCUAAAAUAACGGCUCUGCAAUUCCCGAGAGGUGUCGUAAAGAAGACAUGGGCCUACGGCUAUCCGCGUUUGGGAGACGACAUCAAGAUUGAAGAGGUCCUGCAGAAAGAUCGCCUUGAGCUGGCUCUGCUCUCGUCGUUCCAAUGGGAUGACGCAUGGCUAAUGUCCAAAAUAGAUACGGGAAAGACGAAGCUCGUUCUCCUGGCCUAUGCGCAAAACGAAGCCCAGCAGCAGGAUAUGCGUGAGAACGCCCCGCCCAGAGUGCGAUUCUGCUUCCCACCGAUGAAAGGCUCAGGUUCUAUGCAUUCCAAGCUUCAACUUCUCAAAUACUCCGACAGCCUGCGUAUCGUGAUUCCAUCGGGCAACUUAGUUCCCUAUGACUGGGGCGAGACUGGCGUGAUGGAGAAUAUGGUGUUUCUCAUUGACCUGCCUCGCUUGUCGUCUGCCAACACGUACGAAGAGACCAAAUUUAGUCAAUCACUGGCGCGAUUCUUGCAAGAGGCUGGCGUUGAUGUCAAAAUGAUCGACAGCGUGCGCAAUUACGACUUUUCGGAGACCAAGAACUUGGGAUUCGUGUAUACCAUACCAGGUGGCCACGCGGGCGAGCAACAACGCGAGAACGGCUCUUGCGGUUUGGGAGAAUGUGUGAAGAGUCUCGGCUUGGCUACAACUAGUCCCAUCCAAAUCAAUAUUGUCGCAUCCUCGCUAGGCUCCCUCAACUACGACUUUCUCGAAGCUAUGUACGGAGCAUGCCAAGGUGAUACUUCGCUGCAAGCAGACAAGACAAGAUUGUCCCGGAAGACAGGCAUGAAACCGACAGAGCCUCCGGAUCAUCUCCAGAAGCACAUGUUGAUUCGCUUCCCGACCAUGCAAACUGUGUCUCGCAGUCGGGGUGGAAAAGGGGCAGGGGGUACGAUUUGCCUCCAAUCGAAAUGGUGGAACUCGGCCACCUUUCCCAAGAGCCUUGUACGGGACUGCGUCAGCACACGAACGGGCAUGUUGAUGCACAACAAGCUGAUUAUUGUUACCCGGCCGGACGAGGCGGGGGUGGGCGGCUGGACUUAUGUCGGGAGUGCGAACUUGUCCGAAAGCGCUUGGGGUCUUUUGUCCAAGAACUCCAAGUUGAACUGCCGGAAUUGGGAGUGCGGCGUCGUUAUACCUGACGGCACGUUGGGAAGCAGCAUUCCCAUCCCCUUGCAACUCCCUGGCCGCCCAUACGAGGCAACCGAUGAGCCUUGGUUCAGCCGUCAAUGGUGA